UUUUACUACUAGUAUUAUAUCCCUGAUUUAAUGACACAAUACAAACACAAUAUAAUUAUUCCUGUCUAUGAGCACGAGAAGGACGAAUGCUAUUUGAGUACGCCAGUCAUGAUUGCUUAUACAUAUUGUACUUGAAACGAUGUAAGGCAAAACCUAUAGUUGAUACAAUGCAAAACGUAUAAAACUUUAAUACAGUCCUCCAGGCUAGCUAUCCCCCACAGCCUCGCGGCAAUGUAUUGAUGUUUUUGUAUCGAUAUCACACUCACUACUAGCAGGCAGUUUUGCUUGAACGUCUGAGUUUACUACUAUGGCUCUGACAUCGAGCAUUCCAAUCCCGCACGACUUCCGGUGUUUCUUCACAUCCGUGUACAGCGAUGUUUCCUGAUGACUACAAGGCUUAUUAACCAUGGAAAGAAAGCGACUGAAGGCUUGGGAUUUCGCCGCAUUUGUUCUUGUUCUUUUGGCCUUUCUGCUACAGGUGGCGGGCUAUUUUAUACCCACGUGGUGGACUUACAAUGAUCCCCAGGCACAACAUAAGAUUGUGGUGUCCAUGCUAGGCUCCACGGAGAAUGAAGCUCAAGUGGAAAGAACUAAAACAGUGAUUGAGAUUGAAGGAGGACGGGAGUGGUUGUUCAUAUCGCGCGCCUUUGGUGCGUUUGGAAUACUGAUAAGCCUCUUGUCCUUACUUUUCCAUCUGAUAUACUUCUGCAAUAGACGUGACAGUUUGAGAUCUGCGUCAAUUUACCUUCUGGGUGCCUCAAGUUUGUUUAUCCUGGGGGGAGCUAUAGUAUUUGUGGCACUCCAUGAAGAACUGGCCACCAAUCUCAAAUCUGACCUGCAGACACUCGGGUUUCCUUGGGGAAUAUGCAUUUUAGCGGGAAUUGUCACCGUAGCAGCGUCCAUAGUUACGGCAGUAGCAACCAUUAAAAAGGCCAAUCAGUGGGACUUUGAUGACGAUGACGAUUUAGACUUCUCUGAAGUUCAAAUGAGAAGAAAAUAGAAAGUUAUUGAAAACAAAUCUUGAAUGUACUUUUAUUGCUUCAUGGUAUUGAAUCACGAGAGCAUGAUAUUGAAUAUACUUUUACGUAUAUAUGAAUUUCUGUGUCGUGGGAUAAAUGAAUUUUUUCGGAAGUUUUGCGUCAUAACCUUGUUGGUAAUUACGGAAGGGAUAUAAUUCACAAGCCUCGUGUGUUCAUGAGGUUUACUCAGUACCUGUACAUAUUAUACCCUGUGAGGAUUUUUAUAUUUCGGGGUGAUGUGUAAGAAAACGCCAAAACGUGUUUGUAGAGGGUUUUUACUUGCACAUCUACAUAUUCAUGUAUUUCAUAUGUACCGGUACGUGUGCAUACAUUAUUCUACGUCUAUUAAUGAUAUACUGGCUUGAACAAGGUAUAUGCUGAUAAAACGGAACAUAUUAAUCAAUUGAAUAUUUUGUGAAAAUUAGCCAAUUGAAAUAAAAUUUGUUUGUAAAUAAGAACAAAA